CGUCGCGUGAGAGGAAUCCCACUUGGCGAAUCGGCAAUGGAGCAGCUCUGGGCGUGGGUCGCCUUCUACGCGCCGGCGACCGACGCGCGCCUGAGCGACUGCGUCAGCGCCGUCCUGCAGGAGGUCUACCCGACAGAGCUCGAUGCGAUCCGCGCCGAGGAGGACAGCGUCGUCGAGUGGCGAGGCCCGGCCGUGCUCCUCAACACGCAUGCCAAGGAGCUCCAGAUGAAGUCGUACCUGAGCUGGGACCACCUGCCUAGCCUCACGCUCGCCAUGAAGCCGACCGAGUCCACGCCUGCGGCGGCGAAGGAGCUCCGCGCGCUGCUCGAGGCGCUCUGCAUCGCUGCCUUCCACAGCGUGCAAAAGGCCAUCUUCGUACAGGACAUCAUCAACAUGGCAUCCGACGUCCAGGAGGCAGUGUGCGAGGUCCUCUCGCAGGUUUCGCUGCCCGUAUCCGAGCCGGACGCGCCGCCGUCCCCGCGCCCGACGACGGCGAUGGCCCACGGCCCCCAGGAGACGCCGCCACUGGGCUGCCAGGGGACGACCGCACAAAACGCGAUGCUGAAGGAAGAAGUCGCGACGCUCUUGCAAGAAGUCGAGACCCAAAAGGCGACGGCAGCCCGCCUUGAAGCCGACGACGCCAAGCGCCAGGCCGACUUUGAGACGGCGCAGCUCCAGAUGGACGUGGAUAUGGCCAAGCACGAGCGCACGCUCAAGGAACAGUACCGCGAUCUCAUCAAGCAGCUGCAAGACGACGUGGCCAUCGCGCAGCAGAAGAGCCAUGCGCUCUGCCACGUCGAGACGGACCUGGCCGCGCUCAAGGACGAAAUGGACGUGGUCCGCGCGACGGCCGCCAAGGCCACGAAGCUCGAGGCGCGGCUCGAGAAGUACAAGCUCAAGAUCGACGAGCUACCGCGCCUCAAGGAGUGCAACAAGCGCUUGGAGGAGAAGAACGCCGAGCUAUCCGACAAGGCGUUGGCGCAAGAGACGCAGCUGUCGCGUCUCCAGGCCGUCCACCGCAAGCUCGAAGAAGCCAAGGACGCCAUGGCCAGCAUGGCGGUACGCAUGAGCGAGAUGGAGGCGACCAUGGCCCGGCGCGAGAACGAGCGCCUCGAGAUGCGCGCCGAUCUCGACGCGGCGCGGCUAGAAGCCCAACGGCAGCAAAGCCUCAAGGACGACCUGGAGGCGACUUUGGCGCAGCUGCAAGACGGGCAGCCGGUCGCGGUCAGCGGCGAGCGGCUCGAGCUCGACCACGGCAUGCUCGAAAAACUGAGCGCGCUCCAGCUUGAGAACGACCGCCUCCAGAAACAGCUCAGCGCCGAGGCCGCCGACCGUGUCGAGUCGCUCCUCGAAGAACUCGAUGCACUCACGCGGGUGAAAAAGUCGUUUGAAUCUAAGUUUUUUGCGACCCAAGAUGCGCUCGAGGCCAUGACGGCGCAGAGCAGCGACCAAGAGCAAACGAUCGCGUCGCUCCGUCUCGUGCACGCCGACCUCGAAGCGCAGCGCCAGACGCUUCAGGACCAUCUCACGACGACGACGACGACCUUGGCGACGCUGCAAGAGACGCACGGACGCAGCGUGACCGACGCCGCUCAGGAGUACGCUCGCCUCGAGACCGAGGCGGCGGCCCAAAUCGCUGCCCGCGAUGCCCAGAUCCAAGACCUCGUUGCGGCCAUAUCGGCCAAGGACGCCGACACGACUGUGCUCCGCGCUACCGUCGCCUCGCUUACGGCCAGCUUGACCAGCGAGAAGGAUGCUUUUACGGCGCUUGAAGCGGCGCAUGCGGCGCUGCAAGCGUCUGCGCACUCACUGGAGUCGACGCUGCGUGCGACGGAAGCCACUUUGGCGACGAGAACCAACGAGCUGGAGCAAGCCCACGCCGAUCGCGAGCGCGACGCUGUUGUCGCCGAGACAGAGAAGACCAGCUUACGCAGCGAUUUUGAGGUCCAACGCGAGACGCUCGAGAGCCAAGCGUCGAUCCUGCAGCACGUCAACCAUGACAUGCACCACGCGCUCGAGGCGCAGCGCGCGCAGAACGCCGAGCUCAAAUCGGCGGCCGAGCGCUCGUCGGAAGCCAUGAGGAUGCUCACCGAAGACCUCGACGGAACGCGGGUGCAACUCGACGCAGCGAGACUCGACACGCGCCGCAUGGAGGCAGCCAACGCGUCCUUGGCGCUGGAGCUGUCUCGACUCCAAACGGCCCACGACGACAUGGCGACCGAGUGGGCCAAAGACCAAGCGGUUCAGAUGGCGCUGCACAGCAAGGUCGCUGCCAAGACAGAGACGUGCGCGCAGCUCGCAGCCGACAUCGAUGCUCUUCGUGCUGACAUGACGACGCAGCAAACUGCCCACGACGUACUUGUUGAACGCCAUGCGGUGCUGGAAGCCCAAGUGACCGAGAAGGACGCGAUGGACGCACGCGCUGCGACGCUCGAGGCCGCGCUCGAGGCCAAGACGACGGCGCUUGCAGAGAUUGCGGGCCGCCUUAGCUCGGCCGAGACGCAGCUCACAACGCUGCGGGCGAUGGAGCAAGCCGGGAGGAAGUACGUGCACGACCUCGAGGCGCACCACGCAGCCGCGUUUGCCGAAGCGCGUUUCGCUCGCAUGGAAGCGCGCAGUCGGGCGGCCGAGCGCGACCGAAUGCACCACCACGGUACAGCCGACGCGCGCGACCCCGAGACCGACAAGCAGCUCAAGCUCUUGAACGAUGAGCUCGAGCUGCUCAAGACCGAGUUCAAGAAGCUGCAGACGAGCUACGUCGCGCUUCAAACGUUUUUGUAG